CAAGUCACAAAGGCGCCCACCACACACAUCCGAGAUGCAGAUUUUCACUUUCACUUUGCUUGUCUUUCUUCUGGCCGCUCUGUUCGUCCGCGGUGAUCACGGCAAUGAAGAACAUGCUGAAGAUGAUGAAAUGGACGAGCUCAUGGACGACUUGGCGGGCGGCAGCGAGGAGCUGUCUCGAAGCAAACGAUGGGACCAUGAAAGCAGCGGACUGGACAACGGACCAGGCCCACCCGAAGGUGGCGAAGGCGGCGAGCGUCGCGGGGUACGACGUGGAGGGGAUCGUCAAGGCGGAGGCGAAAGACGUGGUGGCCAGUGGAGGGUGCGGUAUGUUGCUAGGCGUACACUGAGACCCGGCGAUGGAGGGCGCCGAAGGCCUACGGAGAGACGUGGGCAACGACCCGGCGAAAGACCGGGCGAACGACCAGGCGAAAGACCAGGCGAAAGACCAGGCGAACGACCAGGCGAAAGACCAGGCGAACGACCAGGAGAGCGACCAGGAGAGCGACCAGGAGAAAGACCAGGCGAACGACCAGGCGAACGACCAGGCGAACGACCAGGAGAAAGACCAGGAGAAAGAUGGGGAGAAAGAUCAGGAGUAGGAUGGAGAGAGAGACCGGGAGAAAGACCAGGCGAAAGACCAGGCGAACGACCAGGAGAAAGACCAGGAGAAAGACCAGGAGAGCGACCAGGAGAGAGACCGGGAGAGAGACCAGGAGAGAGACCGGGAGAAAGACCGGGCGAGAGACCGGGCGAAAGACCAGGCGAAAGACGAGGCGAAUGACAAGGCAAAGGACAAGGCAAAGGACAGGGCGAAAGGCGUCGAGAAGAAUCAGAACAGCCAUAAGGUGCCUGUCCCUGGAAUUCCAGAUAGGCAAAGCGUAGAUGACGCGGAC